AUGGAGGACCAAUUUGCAGCAUCUCUGAGGCAUGCCUUGUAUGACUCCGUUGGGAAACUUGGGAGCAAUAUCCUCAAUGGGAACGUGGAUAGACUGGGAUCUUACAGCGAGUGCCUCUCCACCCAAGCCCUGUCCGGGAGCUUCCAGGGUCAGUACUGCAAGCUUCACAUCCUGCAGGAUGUAGCUGACUACAUUGUGGGCGUGUGUGUCCCUGAUUCUUGUGCAGAAGAGGAUGUGACUGCGAUGGCUCAGCUGGGUAUUUUAAGAUUCAGAAAUGCUUCAUUUUUGGCUCCUUCUCUCUCUCUCUUUACAAUUAAUGCAUCAUCCCUGCCUGAAGGGGGUGUGGCCAGAUGUGCUGCCGGAAUGUUCCCCCUCGACAAUUUUGCUGUCGUGUGUCUGUUUUUCACCCUGCUCGGCCUCGCCCUUCCUCUGGCUGGAACUGCGUAUGUGGCAGCCAGGGCCUGGGGGUCAGACCGCGGGGCGUCCUCCACACCUGGGGCGUCCUCCACACCCGGGGCACAGUCAGCCACUUACGGGAGCCUGCCUUUGAGAGGGUCAGAGAGGAGCGAAAGCAGAAUCCAGUGGCCCGGCAGCCUGGCUAUUCUCUCAGGAACCCCGAGCAGAGGAAAAAGAUGUCUAGGAGCUGUGGACCAGGCUCUGAGAUGCUUCUCUUGGCAGAAGAAUGUGCCAGCCAUCUGGACCACCACGGCAUCAGGAAGCACGUGCUCUGCCCUGAAUGGCAUCCGAGUCCUGAGUCUCCUGUGGAUCAUGUCGGGGCACACCAGCCAGAUGACCGCAUGGCUGUCGCUGGAUAAUGUGCUUGAGUGGAAAGCCAGAGUGCUUAAAAACCCACUCUACCUUUAUUCUCGGAGUGGCCCAUUCUAUCUUGGGGUUGAUACAUUCUUCCUGAUCAGUGGCUGGUUAAGCGCGAGGUCAUUUUUAAAGAUGCAGCAGUCUUCAGAAAAAGGAAUCACUGCCAAAGUUAUACUCAGCUACUACUUUAGUCGCCUUAUAAGAUUGCAGCCUCUUCACCUGUAUUCCGUGUGCCUGUUGGUCGGAUUGUUCUCCCUGGUCCCCUGGGGACCUGUCUGGGAGGUGCCAAAGCUCCACCUGGACAACUGCCGGCGAGCGUGGUGGACGAACGUGCUGCUGCUCAACAACUUCCUGUGGGUCCGGAACGCGUGCAACGGCUGGACAUGGUACCUUGCCAAUGACUUCCAUUUCCAUCUCACAACACCGGUCAUCAUCUUCAUCCAUGGAAAAAGUAAACAUGUCCUUGUCCUCCUCGGGGCCGCGCUGUUCUUGGCAUCUUUCACUGCAACUGCUUUGCUCACGCUGGCUCAUGACCUCCCCGUGGCAGCUCCGUCAGAAGCAAGUGAAAAUGCGACUGUGCUGUAUUUUUUGGAGUACUACACUAAGCCAUAUUGCAGAUUCGGGCCAUUCCUUGUGGGCAUCUUUCUGAGCAUUUUCAUGCACCAAAACCACCAGGCAAACAUUCUCAAAACCAAGGUGCAGGCUCUGCUCGGAUGGAUUUGCUCUCUUUCCAUGCUGUUCGCCGUGGUCGCUGUGGUGUACGCAUUGGACGACACCUCUGCCACCCGUUCCAUGGCCGCUGCUGUCUACCAGGCCAUGCACCGGAGCCUGUGGGCGGCGGCCGUGGGCUGGGUUGUGUUCGCAUGUCACGAAGGCUAUGGAGGUCCAGUGAACCGGCUGCUCUCCUGCAGAGUGUGGAGCUUCCUGGCCGGCAUCAGCUACGCCUGUUACUUGGUGCAUCCGAUCGUCAUCAUCCUCUACAAUGGCCUCCAGGAGACGCUCAUUCACUACACGGACACCAACAUGCUCUAUCUUUUCUCCGGGCACUGUUUGCUGACCUUCCUCGCUGGGCUGGCCCUGACGCUCUUCAUUGAGAAACCAUGUCAGGAACUGAAGCGGUACCUUCUGGGAUCCAUGCCUGAAGGGCCAGGAACGGCCUAGUAAGACCCCAAAGAUGGGGAGGCCCGUUUUUUGUGGUGAAGGGCAAAAGCAGGGGUGGCCUCGUUUAUGUAACAAAUGCAUGAGUUUCUGAAAAGGAGUGUGAAGGUUAUUUUGUGGAUAUUUAUAGUAUAAAGUUCCCUGUAUUUAAUCUAUAAAAGAGUUAUUUGUAUUUAGCAUAUAAAGGAGUUCUAUGAUGAUCUGUUUAGUAGCAUAAUAAUUAACCUUUGAUGUGUUUUUUAGCAAAAAAAAAAAAAUCUGGAUAUUUAUGGUCUCAUCCUGUAUUUAUUUUCUAUAUUAGUGAUCACAGAAAAACAUCAAAUAUAGUGAAGAGGAUAUAAUUUGGAUUAACAUGCUUACUUUCUUUAUUAAAAUCACACUGUAUCUUUCCUCAUCGCAGUAGUUUCUGUGUUGGUCUCAUACCUUUGUAGACUCAUAACUUUUUCUUGAACUCUCAGGAUGGUGUGACUUACUAGCGAGCAUAAUUCAUGGGUAUGUUGUUACAAGUCUUCCAAACGUUAUCUUCUCUAUAACAUGGUCUCUGUGACUGGUUAAUUUGUAUCUCCCCCCUCCACCUCCCAAAAAUGUGAAAUUCUAAUCCCCCUAGUAUAAUAGAAUGUAGCCUUAUUUGGAGAUAAGGUCUUUAUAGCGGUGAUAAGUUAAAUGAGGCCAUGGGUGGGGCUGGCCCUAAUCCAAUAUGACUUGUGUGCUUCUGAAAAGGGACAUCUGGCCCCAGAGAUGGAAACAUGCAGGGGAGAUGGGGUAAAGGGAGAAGAUGGCCUUCUACAAGCCAAGGAACCCCCAGGUGGCUGCCAAACAAGCUAGAUGCCCCCAGGAAGGCUUCUGCCCGGAGCCCUCUGGGAGAGCAUGGGCCUGAGACCCCCUGGUUUAGGAUUUCCAGCCUUCCAGAAC